ACAUCUUAAAAACGCAGUGGUUAGCAACGCUGUUGAGGGCGUAUGGACUCGGUCGCCCGUAUCUCAGUGAGCAGCACUGUUAAUUCCUCUAGUCUGGAACGGAUUGUAGACGCAGUUAUCAUUUCAGUCUAUUUAGGAUCUCGAUUUUCCUUCGUUCCAUUUUUCAACUGAAGGCCUUUCACUGAAAAGUGGGUGUCUCCUCACUACUGGUGUUCAGACAGCGGCGAGUGCAGAAGUGUGUCCUCGAUGGCAGGGUGGAAGGACGGCUCGGUGCAGGAGAAGUAUCGACUGGUUGUGGUUGGAGGUGGUGGUGUCGGGAAGUCAGCCCUAACUAUACAAUUUAUCCAGUCCUACUUUGUCACUGACUAUGAUCCCACAAUUGAAGACUCGUAUACGAAGCAGUGUGUCAUUGACGAGAGGGCGGCCCGGCUUGACAUCCUGGACACGGCCGGACAGGAAGAGUUUGGAGCCAUGAGAGAACAAUACAUGAGGACAGGGGAGGGCUUCCUGCUUGUCUUCUCAGUCACUGACAGAGGAAGCUUUGAAGAAAUCUACAAAUUCCAAAGACAGAUCCUCAGAGUCAAAGACCGUGAUGAAUUUCCCAUGAUCCUUGUAGGCAAUAAAGCAGAUCUGGAGCUCCAGAGACAGGUGACCCAGGAGGAGGGCCAGCAGCUGGCCAGACAGCUCAAGGUGACGUAUAUGGAGGCCUCAGCCAAAAUCCGUAUGAAUGUAGACCAGGCUUUCCACGAGCUGGUUAGAGUAAUCAG